AUGAUCUGGCCUCUCGAUGGUGCCUCCUCUGACGUCGUAUUCAACACCUGGUCCCAUUUUUCCCUUAGUCUGAAUCUGGAAGCUGCAUCCUUUACACGAUACAUCACACCAACGAAAGUAGAGCAGAAGGUUCGGCAUCUCGUGAUCGAAUGGAUACGCAAUGAAAUUGUCAGGCAUAUUCCUGAUGCUGAAGUUUUGGUGUUCGGAAGCACUCCCGUAGAUAUGUAUCUCCCUUCUGGGGAUAUCGAUCUUGUGGUGCAAUCAAAAUCGCUAGCUGUUGAGGGUCCGCCCCGGUCCAAUAUCACACGAAUUGCCGAUAUAUUGCGGAGCACUGACAUGGCACUGGGAGAAGUUCGCAUUUUCGCUAGUGCCAAGAUCCCUAUCCUCAAGUUCGUUUCGCGUCAUGGGAAAUUCUCUAUCGAUAUUUCUGUGAACGUGUCGAAUGGAGUUGCUGCAGCAUCAAUCAUCAGGGAUUUUAUACGGGAUAUACCUGGUGUCAAACCGCUGUCAUUAAUUGUCAAGUGCUUCUUGAGGAGUAGAGAUGCGAACGAAGUAUACAGAGGGGGGUUAAGCAGCUACCUUGUCGUCUGUAUGGUGAUAUACUUCUUUCAGACGCACAAGGGAAUGCGCAAGUCACAUACUGAUCCGUCAUCCUCUUUGGGGAACCUACUGCUGGAAUUCCUUCAGCUUUUUGGCUAUGACUUCAAUUAUCUUCAAUCUGGAAUAUCAUUGAGGGAUGGGGGAAAGACUUUUUCGAGGAGCGAAAGGCAUUGGAUUUAUAGGCCAUCACAGCCGCGACUGUGCAUCGAAGACCCACAAAACACCCAACUGGAUGCGGGUGCAGGCAUUCACGACAUCCGGAGAAUACAAAUGCUCUUUAUCCACGCCUAUGACCAGCUUCAGGCUGAGAUACAGCGUAGGGACAGAUCGAGAUCAAAGGCACUUCUUUUAGAAGGGAACUCUCUUCUCCAGAUUAUCAUGGGGGUCCCCCUGAACGUGAGUGCCACCGGUCCGAGAUGGAUCGCGAUUGACAAAGCCAAUGCCAGGAAAUCGAGCAUCGGAAGUAUCUUGCCGUGCUCCAUACCACAGGGAGACUCUAUCGAUUACUGA